GAAACAAUUAAUAAAUGUAUUGGGUUCUACUCUUCCAUUAAAAUUUAAUGAUACUUACGAUUCUAAACGGUCACGCCAAUAUAAUAUAGUGACUGAAGAAUCUUUGAAAAUUAAACCUGCGCAUCCUUUAGAAUUCUUAUUUGGUAACUGGAAAGGAAAAGGAAAUGGCCAUUUCGAAGGAAUCAAGGAUUUUGUAUAUGAAGAAGAGCUGGAUAUAUCUCCUGAUGAAGCAGCAAGAGGAUGGUUGUACUAUAAACAAAAAACGUGGAAUCCCGCGCGAAAUAAUGCCAAUUUUCAUAAUGAAGUUGGGUAUAUUAGAAUGCCAGGAAUGACUGAUAAAGUCGAAUUAGUUUUAGCUCAACCAACCG